UCAGCAGUCAUCGAUAUGUGCCCCAAACAAACAAACAUGUAAUUAAAAUUAAUUAAAAUACAUAUAGUUCAUUUACCCCAAACACAAAACUUAGUGGUUCACCGACAUGAGUGUGCUCCCAAGAUACCCAAACACCAGGCUACCCCUGUAGCAUUAAUAUUACCGAUUGUGCUUUUGUGCGGACCUCUGCCAUGCUGAGCGAGGAUCGGGAUUCGUCGGAAGAAGCAAAUGGAUCGUGCCCCGCCUGGAAAUUUCGCUGCAGCGUGGCUAGGUGUCCCUACAGGACGAAUAGACCCUACAACCUGUCGCGUCAUGAGGAGUCCCACGUUGGAAUUACAGAACCCAAGCUGUACGGAUGUCCCGUUUGCAUCUACAGCACCGACAAGGCGUCGAAUCUGAAACGGCACGUGUCCCUCAAGCAUCCUACUUCCAAGGAGGGUUUGCCGGAUACGCCGCAUCAGCAUCGCAAUGCCAAGAUGCAGUGCCAGGUGAUGGGCUGCAGAUACGAGACAAAUCGCCCCUACGACCUUAAGCGCCACUUGAUGGUGCACAACAAUCCGGAGAAGAGCCACAGGACAUUUAAAUGCUCCCUUUGCACCUACAGCUCCGACAGAAAGGCUAAUCUCAAGCGGCACCACGAGCUACGUCACUCGGGAAUAGAGGAGGCCAUACAAACUGCGGAGGAACUGCGUCAAGAGAUGCUGAUAGAGAAGCAAAGGAUAAAGCAGAAAGUGCAAAUGCUGAGGGAUCAGCAGUUGAAACAAAGGCACAAGAAGCAACAAAUGCUGGAGGACCAAAUUAUUGGAGUACCUAUGCUGAAAAAGCAGCUGAAGCAAGGAAAUAUCCCUUUGCCGCCAAAGAACAAGGUACUGCCAGUACUGCCGAAAGCAAAAGAAGCCAUCUUAAGCAGUGUGACAAAGACACAUGUCAAAAAUGAACACGAGGAAGAAAAUGAGGAAUAUGUUUACGAGGAACUGCAGGAGGAGCAGCCGCCCAUCAUCACCAUUUGCAAACCGCAGAUUCUCCAUGGAGACAUCAGCGAUAAGAACGUCAUCGCUGUCAAUGUUAAUGGCCAACUGCGAUGGUUCCAGGCAAUAGAUCCGCCGCCAGGAGCUCCUACAAAACUAGACAUGCCCAUGAAGAAUCCUUCCAUUUGCGCCCAGCAGCAAAUGGAUGAAUUGGACGAUGAGUUGGCCCUGUCUCUUGCCGAGGAAGAUCACCAGGAAGAAUUUCUUGAGCGAAUGCUGAGCGAAGAGAAUCCAGUCGAAGGAAAACAGUCCCCGCCGGCAGAACUGGCUUGGAGUUGGAGUACGCCGGACGCUGUACAUCACAUUAGUCCCCCAACUGAAGACAAGGAGGAGCUUAGAACUGACGAUGCAGAUACAGAUUUUCCAGAUUGGUGGGAUGAUGGCAAGUACACAAAGAUGCACAAGAACCAAAUAUUUGCGAAUCACUUGAAGAAACCGUCGCCGGCGAAUGUGCAGCGCAUCCUGCGCAUAAUCUAUGAUGUUUAUUACAAGCCCUUCAAGGAAGAUCGCAAACAGUUUGAGGCAUUUCAAAUAAAGGACUCCUGGCUGUCCGCGACUCGAAUGACUCGCAUGCAGAUAAUCAAGGACAUGUACUCUAAACAGGGCACGUGAAGUCAUACUUAAUGGAAACCUUGUCAGAAAUGUAUUAUCCACUUAGUUUUUCUAUUGGUUGCGAAAAUACUAUCAAAUUGUACAGUUUAUUAUUUAAAGUGUUAAGUAAACGUACUUUAGCACUAGAAAAUGAACACUAUAAAUAAGUCCAAAAAAAGAGUAUAAGUAUAGAUUGAAA